AUGGACAAGAACGAGAUAAGAAGAAGAGAAAGAUUGCUCAGAAAAAAUAAAGAGCGGAUGAAGAUAUUGCUUGGUAAAGCCACCCACAGUGAUGAUGAAAAGGAAAAAGGGAUCAUUGAAAAGAAGCAAAAGGACGAAAGUUUGAAUGAUAAUAAUAAAAAUAUCAUAAAAAUGGAUAACUUGAAUGAAGUAGUAAAUAAACAAGAUGGGGAAGAGAAAUGUAAGAAGAAACUGAUUGACAGAAGUGAAUGUAGCUAUGGUAUACACGACGAUGGUGCAAAAAGCGAAGGGAGAAUCGAAAAUCGAAGUAAAAAUGGAAGUCUAAAAGAAGAGAAAGAUGAAAAACUAAAUGAAUAUAUUAUGAUCACUGAAAAAUAUGUUAAUAAUAAUGAUAAUAUUAAUACCACUACUGAGGGGGAGAUACGUAAACGCACACCAAGGAUUUUUCAUAAAAGAGAUGAUAAGAAUAGUAGCCCAUAUAAUGAUGACAAGGAAAAUAAUAUCCAUGAUGAUGAAAAUAAUAUCCAUGAUGAUGAAAAUAAUAUCCAUGAUGAUGAAAAUAAUAUCCAUGAUGACGAAAAUAAUAUCCAUGAUGACGAAAAUAAUAUCCAUGAUGACGAAAAUAAUAUCCAUGAAGACGAAAAUAAGAACGAUGAAAAAGAGAGCAAUAUACAGCUGGUCAGGUACAACUACAUGGGAAGUACCCCUCGGGAUACAAUCGGAAAUGUCAAUGUUGACUGGUUAAAAUUUGCUCACUUCAUCGUGUUAUUAAUUUGUUCACUUCUAUUGAGUAUUUUUAAAUUAAAAUAUUACGAUUAUAAAAUUUCAUUUUACAAUAACAAACCUAUGAGAAUGAAAAAUAAGUUUUCCCAUUUUAUGACGUCCAAAAUUUUUUUUAUUUAUUUUUCCCUUUUAUAUAAUAUAAUGUUUUCAUUAAUCGAUGCUUAUUCGUAUUUUAAAAAAAAUAAUGUUAAUGAAAAGGACAUAAUAGAAUAUAUCAAGAAUAUAAAAAAGAAGAUAAAGAAUGAGUCGGAAGCUUUACUUUUUAUUUUAAAUAAUGGAUCGACAGUUGCUUUUUUUUUCGUAAAUAUUGUAAAAUCGUAUGUACUGUUCAUAUUUUUAACUCACCUUUUUGAUGACCUUUUACACAACUUUUUAAUUCGUUUUUAUUCAUCAAAUUUGUACAAGCCUGUAGUUUAA